AUGCAAGAGGCCGUCAAUUUGGCGGGUGAUCUGGCCAGCUGGCGCACGGAGGCUUUCGACACUUGGUCUCGCGCCUGUCUUGCUGGCCUAUCGGAUGCAACUGUGGACGCUGCGUCGACAUUGUCUACUGCCUCAAAGUCGAGCCAACGAGGCGGCCUUGGAGACGGACGAGGCUACUUGGCCGGUACCCUGACAGCCUCACCGACCAGGCACAAUUCGGCUGCACUGGCCUUCGACCCACAUGGUCGACUUCUUCACCUCGAUACGUCUUGUGGAGACGGUGGAUCUGGCGGCACCUCGAGUCCUGGGACUGGCAAAUUGCAAGUUGGUUUUCCAGAGGGCCUGUUGCGUCUGUCGCGACAAGUUCGCCUUUUAACGAGUCUCGGAUACCGAGUCCCGGCUCAACUUCUGCACACGGCUGAUCAGGCGGAGGGUCUGUUUCGAUACGCGAUUGUGCUCAAACAGGUGAGACUCUUUUUCGGCCAAACGCUUAAUCGGUGA